GCUGGCCAUACACUCUCUCCGAUUUCAAGUUCCGCUACAUCACAUUCGACGUCCAAGAUGGCUGCACGUUCGCCGAAUAAGUUAUUCGAGUUCACGAAGCUCAUCGGGCAAUUAAAGACAAUACCCCGAACAGGCUGGGUUUAUAGGAACAUAAAGAAGCCAGAGAGCGUAGCUGAUCACAUGUACCGAAUGGCCGUGUUAGCAUUUUUAAUUGAAGAUAAAAAGCUCAACAAAGACAGAUGUAUAAAAUUAGCUCUUAUCCAUGACAUGGCAGAGUGCAUUGUUGGUGAUAUAGCUCCUUCAGAUAAUAUAAGUAAAGAAGAAAAGCAUAGACAAGAAAAAGAAGCAAUGAAAUACUUGACAGAUUUGUUAAGUGAAGAUGUCAGAAAAGAAAUUUAUGAAUUAUGGGAGGAAUACGAGUACCAAUCCAGCCCGGAAGCAAAACUAGUUAAAGAACUUGAUCAGUGUGAGAUGAUUCUGCAAGCAUAUGAAUAUGAAAUGUCAGAAAAAAGCCCUGGCAGACUGCAGGAAUUUUUUGAUUCCACAAAAGGCAAAUUUAACCACCCAGAAGUAAUGCAACUAGUGAAGAGUUUGAAUGAAACUAGAAAUUCUGAAAUAGAAGGAGAUUCCAAGGAAGAACAUAGACAACAAGGCAGGCUUAACACAGAUGAACAAUAAUUGUGACCAAACUGUUUUGGCUUUAACUCUUUGGUUUUAGUUGUUAUUAAUUUAUUAUAUGCUUAAAUGAAAAAAGUAUACAUACUGUAUUACUUUUUAGAUAGUUAUUACCAGGGAGUUCAGUGACUUUUCUGGAAUCCUGCAGUUUACAAAUUUUUGCUGGUCUUCAGUGUAUGUUUUUAUUAAGUAUUUCAAAAGCUGACUGUAUUAUUUGUAAUGGUUGCUGUUUAUUGUUCCAAAGUUUUUUUGGAAAGUUGAUGUAUACAAUACAGGUGGCAACAUCAAAAGGUAGAAAGAUGAAACUGUCUUUAAACAUUGACAAAAGUUGCGCAGAGUAGAUGGUUUGGAUUUAUCUGCUAGAUAGCCGCAAAGACUGCGAAAUUAACAGUAUACAAUAUACUGUACAAAUACAAAUGUCACAUUCCUGCCACCAAUGAAAACAAGACAUGCAAGUCCACCUGUGUAGUCUGCAGCAACAGGCAGAGUAAAAGCACCACCAGUGCAAAAUAUGUUUUGACUUACCAUUGGAUUUGAUUGCUUUGAAUGGUAUCAGAUGGAUUAAUAUUUUCAUAUAGAGAGUGUUCAUCCAUUUUCAGACAUUUGUUAUUGUAUGUUUUGCACAAUUUAAGUAAUAAAGAAGAACUGACAUCA